UUAGGUGAAAUCGUGCGUUACAGCGUUCCAUGUCACAUGUGGUUUUGAUAACGGUUUACAUAUGCAGACCGUGUGGGAUGAUUCUGCUCCUGAUGGGGUUCGACAUGUGGUAAGUUUGUCUGCUAGACAGGGCACGUCGCGAAGUCAUUAAUAUUGUGGGGCGGUGUCCUGAUAUUUUGACAAGUUAUGGCGAACAUUUUGACUCCAUCGAAUUCGUGAUGGAAAAUCUGAAUGCUUGUGAGGCGGUUUUUUACAAGGUAAAAAGUUCGCACGAGUCAAAAUACUUAUUUUUCUUUGCGCUUUUGAGUACUUGUCAAUGUGAACCGAAUUGAAAACCAACAAGUGACCAACUAUUUUGACCAAAUAUUUUCCAUUUUGACCAACGUUUUGAACUUAGCGACAUCCGUGAUGCUGGGCAGGAUACAGUAUAGGCUACUUGUAUAUUAAACUUUCUCUCAUGCAGGCUGCCCCCGAAGACCACAACGUCAUAACCACAUACCUUUCUUUGAGGUGGACGGUGGAACAUUGGCAGAUCGCCUAAAAAAUUCGCGCAAAGAAAAUUUUUGUUUUGCUCAAUGCAUCACAUUUCCUUAUGGGUCAGUAUUCCUCAAUGCGUGACAUGUUAAUGUAAAUAUCCUCUUCUAUUUCUCUAUAGUGUUAUUGUUCCAAACAUACUGAAAAACGAAGUGGCAGAUCUCCUCGCAAAUCAUCUUCCUCUCUCCAGUCGCCAUUCAAAUCUCCCCAGAAUCCGUCCCCACGUACAACACCAUCAAAAUCCUCAUCAACUUUCAGAGCGAAAGAACAGGAAGACCGGGAGGAUCUUCGCCAAAAUAGGUAAAGCUUAUUGAAUUGUUAUAGUUGGUGAUCGAAUUACAUAGUAGCUAUUAAAUUAUUCAUCAUGUGAACCGCUCUCUGCUUUAUAUAGUCUGACGAUCCUUGUGCCAUAUUCUAAACAGACAAUUGACUAUUUAAUGUCCACGUACCACCAUCAGUGUCCGGUCAUUAUCCGGUAGACUACUAUCAGGUAGCAUCCGGUAUCCCAGGGUGCGAUAAUUCAAGAUUAUUUUAGUCGUGCCUGACUGGUUCGCCAAUGGUUGUUGCCACGUACUUGCGCUAGUACAAACUCAGUACUAAAUGUGUUGUACUUAGUCUUUAAAAUAAGGUUAUAAAGUUCAUGACUACGAGGUAUGUUCAGACUACGAGGUAGAAAAAGAAGCACAAAUGAAUACAUAUACAAACAAUCGACUCCAACGUUUCUUAGCGCCAUCAGUCCAAUCAUGUUUCAUGACAAGACAUCUCAGACACAUGAUAUACCAACUAAAUUACAGUAUUGAAUACCUUGGGUUUGGAAAGGUCAUGUGGUACCAGCAAAAAAUAAGUACUCAGAUAGCAAGAGUUCCACCUACGUGGUACACUUGGCUGAAAACAAAGAAGUACCAGGCCGUAAUAUUGGCGUACAUCCGGUACGUAAAUACGCGAAUUAUCGCACCCUGUAUCCGGCAAAGCAGUAUCCGGCACAUCCCAACUCUUUUGACUUUUGUAUCAUAUCCAUAGGCUGCGUGGAAUGGAAGAAGAUUUCUACAAAUAUGCAGAUGUGGAAGAUCUCGCCAAUGAACUGAACAUUACUACAGAAUUAGCGACAACAUUUCAUCGAUUUUGGACGUUGAAAAGAAAGGUAUUGUACAUCCAUACUUGAGGAGUUGAAGUCUCUUUUGACUUGUGCGUUUAACGAAUUUCAUUUAGCGAGAAGAAGUAUCUUCUUUAGAGGUACAAUUCCUUUUAAUUCACGACCUUAACAUCGCUGUUAUUAUUACCUAUUAUUGAUAUUAUUUACAUUUAUUUACAACACAUGGUAACCUUUCAUCGGUAGAAAACAAAAAAAUAUGAUCAACAAAAGGGUCUAGCCUCAUCUGCAAGGAGGGGUGCAGGUUUUCCAUGGGGUGGUGCAUGGGGGAACCCUACUGCCCACUCUCGUCUGCAACGCUACUAUCCCAACAAUUAUCAUUAGAGAUGGCCGAAUCCGCAUGCUUACCGUUUUACAUUAUCUUUUGUUUAUAAAGUACUGUAUACUGUAUAUCGGCUUUUUAUCUCGUAUGCGUGACUGAACAGUACAGUAUAUUUGAAAAUAUGGCUGUAUAAGAACCUCAACUUGUUUACAUAUUGAAAGAUUGAUAUUAACUAAAGCACUCUGAGUAUUUUCUCGUAGCUCACAAAUCAAUGAAAUAGUUUCAAGAAAUCGACACACGCUAAUUCGAAAAUCAGAAAUUGUAUGGUCAAGCAGGGGGGGGGGGGGGGGCAUGACACCCGGAUCAACUAUGUGGACAUCAGUGCAAAUUAUGCAACAGAAUGACACUACCCAUACCCAUAGAGGGCAACCGACAUAUCUUAACCCCUCUAAUACUUGCUGUGCUGAGUGACUAAGUGCUUAUUUUAAGGUAGUAAUAUAACCACUCAGCACAGCAUUUUUACAUUGGUACUAUACCUACACUGGUACAGACAGUUUUAGUAUAUAUACCUCUAAUACUUGAGCUUGUCCAUGAUGUAAACGUUACGAACGUUUAACUGUAUACUUGCCCGACUAGCCACGACACGCAGAUAUAUAGUAAGCACACAGAUUCUUCCUUGCUAUUUUUAGGCUCGUGAAGAUGCUGCCUUACUUCCCCCAACAGCUGAACAGCAAGAACGUUUAAGUGGCCGACAGGUAACAUUUAUUUUUAGGUAACAUUUAUUUCAGGUAACAUUUAUUUUUUAGUCGCACCUUUAGUUUCAUGCGGCACAUGUGUGGUAUCAUAUUCUUACGAAUUUUAGAUCUCUAAAUUUGAAUCUAAUAAUUUUUCCCUUAUACAUAAACAAAAAAUAACAUAAAGCCACAUCAUGUUGAAUGAGAAAAUUUAUCUUCUGGACGGGAUUCUGGCUCGGUUUGGCAGUCGUUACCGCUAGGGAGUCUAAGAUCUUGACGACGAACUACCGACUACGUUUGAAAUAGUUUUUGUUAUAUGUAUGCAAAUACUAAAUGCUUGUCAUAAAAAAUUUAUCCCAAAUAUGUUUUAUGUGCAUGGCUUUGUGUUCGGUAAGUUUCAUCUUUUAAUUUUCAUCAUUUCUUUAUAAAACUACUUUCCAACCUGCAACGUUGCGUAGUCAGUUUCGGUGCUAUGUUCUCGAUUCUGUUUUACAACACAAGAAUGUGAUUUUUGCGCUGUAACCAAGGUCGCUACGGUGAAAGUAUGCUCUGGGGAUAUUUAAAUUUUGUCUGCCUCUGUUAAAGCAAUGCGAAAACAAGCUUUCAACCGUACCCGUUGUUCGUUGUCGGCAUCUUAAACUCCCUACUUUCAUUGCCGACUCCAAGAUAUCUACGUUUCUAUAACGGUGGCACUGCAUGUCGUUCGAGGCCGGCAGGGAUCGUGUCCGCGGUGGAGAAAGCCCGUAAUUUCUAACCUCGCACGAACCUUAAGAUCGUCGAGUCAUUACAAAACUAUACGACACCCAUUAAAACCGAUUACUUUAUAUCAUACACCAAACAAAAGACACACUAUAUGCUAUAUCUAUAAAUUGCGGGAACCACUGAGUAUUUUAAUUAAAUACAAUACAAUAGUAAUUCCGAAAACCGUAAUAGAUAUAAUUACAGUUUGAACAGCGCGGUCAGUCUUUCCGAUGUCUUGCUUUGCAGACGACAGAACUUCGGUAUUUUGUUGGUGUGGGAUCUUUUAAAGAGACGAAUGAGUCAAUAAUUUUCCAGUUGAUAAUUAAAAUACAUGGGGAUUAUAGUAGAUGAGUUACGUUGUGGGGGAAUCCUUAAACAUGAACUCCAACAAAUUCAGGACUUCCUUAAACACGAGCUCCAACAAGUUCAGAAAUGUAUGUCAUGGAAUGGAUUCUCCCGUAAAAUUACCAGGAAACUCGUCACUUUGUUCUUGCCUUCAACAAUAUCAUCUUCACCUGAUCAAAUUACGUGUGAUAUCUCUAAUAAAGCACCUUCCAAAACAAUUAAAAUCUGCAUAAAACUCCCAUUCCUUAGCAAAUAUGGAACUAAACUAACCUGGUCAUUCUAAAAUCUUCACGUAUAUUCAUUAUAUCAACUGGAAAACUAUUGACUCUUCGUCUCUUUAAAACAUCCCAUGCACCAACAAAAUAUGUCGUCUAACGAGUUUACAUGUCCAGAGUAUACAAAGCAAGUUAUAUCGGAAAGACUGACCGCGCUGUUUACAGUAGGAUAUACGAACACUCGACGAACGACAGUUCGGAAGUUUAUGACCACAUCUCAUCAUGUGAACAAUUUAAUCAUAUUAAAACUACAAUGGAACUAACACCGCACCAAGAACUCUAAUAUAACAUUAUAUUAUCUGAUUUUCUUUCUAAUAACUGUAAAAUAAUCGAUAGAGCCGACCAUUGGUCUUUAUUACUAUUCAAAGAAUCGCUUGCGAUACGCAGACUGAAACCUAACCUCAAUCACGGAACUAAAGCUUCUAAAGAACUAUAAUAUUUAACCAAUAACCUUAUAUAGUAUAUUUCUCAUAUUUAUUCACUGUAUAUACUUAUGAUAUGUAAUAAUUUCAUUAUUUCUGAUGAUGACUAAAAUCUAGUCGAAACGUCAAAUAAACACUGUUCAAAAUGUUUAGCGUUUUCCGGUUACUAUUGUAUUGUAUUCAUACUAUAUCUAUAUUUUUUGCAAAUGUAGAUCAAGCCAUUCCAGAAAGCAACUAUGGAGAUUGAACGAGUGGUGCGACUAAGACAAGACCUCGAAAGGGUAAGUGAAUU